CUGAGGAUAGUUAAAAGCUUGGACAGUGUACGGCUAUUUUAAUUCUUUAAACUGCUGCUGGAUCUGUGAUUCCUCAUGCCUUCAAGAAUUUUACCAAAGGAAGGCAUCUGGGGCUUCUUCUUCUACUGGAUCUGAAACAGACAGCUAGUGUUAUAUUUCUUUGACCUCUAAAUUCAUGAAAAAUUAGAGAAAGAAAGAAAAAGAUGAUAGAGUUAAUGCUCAAGAAACCUUUGCUUGGUAUUGUAGUGUUGCUGAUAGUCUCUUUGUUCCUGAUUCUGUUCUCAUCAUCUUCUCCUUUCUCUGGAACCCCUUAUAGUAUUACUUCGUUCUCAGAUAGACCGGAGAUUUGGAGUCUUCGAAGGGUUGUUGAAUGGAGACCCUGCAAAUGGUGGCUUCAACAACCUCCUUCUCCUCUACCUGCUCACAGUAAUGGUUACAUUCGUGUGGAUUGCUAUGGUGGGCUCAAUCAGAUGAGAAGGGAUUUUUGCGAUGGCGUUGGGAUAGCUCGACUGCUUAAUGCAACUCUUGUUUUGCCCAAAUUUGAAGUGGCCGCAUAUUGGAAUGAAUCAAGUGGGUUUGCAGAUGUGUUUGAUGUGGAUUACUUCAUCCAAGAAAUGAAUGGCUAUGUUAAAGUAGUUAAAGAUUUGCCUGCAGAUAUUGCAUCAAAAGAACCUUUUCGAGUGGAUUGUAGCAAGAGAAAAGGCCGGUUUGAUUAUGUUGAAAGUGUACUUCCUGCUUUAUUGGAGCAUCGUUAUAUAUCUAUGACACCUGCAAUGAGUCAGAGAAGGAGUAGGUAUCCUUUACAUGGAAAGGCUGCUCUUUGUCAAGCUUGUUAUACUGCUCUGCGACUUACUAACUCUUUGGAGAAAAAGGGCCUUGAGCUUCUGCAGGCUAUACCUAAGCCCUUCCUCUCGCUGCACCUGAGGUUUGAACCUGACAUGGUUGCAUACAGCCAAUGUGAGUACUUUGGUCUUUCUUCUACCUCCUUAAAAGCUAUAGAGGCAGCACGUGCGGACCGCAAACCCUGGGCUGGAGAAGCAUCCCGUAUUUGGAGAAACCGCGGCAAGUGUCCCCUCACUCCAAAUGAGACUGCUCUCAUUCUUCAGGCUCUUUCCGUCCCUACAAACACAAAUAUAUAUUUGGCCGCUGGAGAUGGGCUUAUGGAACUUGAAGGGCUUACCUCUGUAUACACUAAUGCUGUUAGAAAAUCCACCCUUCUUAGUGAUGAGGACUUCACAAGCAUGCAUGGAAACACAAAAGCUGCCCUUGAUUAUUAUGUAUCCAUUAACAGCGACUAUUACAUUGCUACGUACUUUGGGAAUAUGGAUAAGAUGGUAGCAGCAAUACGGGCUAUGAAGGGGUUGUACAAAACGCUUUUCUUAAGUAGGAGGGCUUUUGCAGUAUUCACAUCUCAAGGGCUCAGAGGGGAAAGAUUAAUGGAAGCACUGUGGAAGGCUCAUAUAGAGGAUUUUGUAAUGAGUAGGGGUUCUGCUUUAUCUGACUGCUUUUGUGAGUUCCAGUUAUAGGUAGAUUAUAAUCAUUUUUUAAAUCCUUUCAAAUUUAUGUAGUUUUGCAUCACUGAUUUGGUUUUGGGAGCAGAAAUUGUUACAUGAGAUACCUGGAUAGUCAGCAAGUUGUUUAAGUUGGAGACCACGGUUACUGUAUCUCGAAUAUUUGUAGAUCUGUCCCAGCAUGAAGGGCAUUGUUUAGCUAAUGAAUUGAACCAUGCAUUUGUUUUGA